UGAGCCCUCCCACAAUAAAAUCCACUGGGAUCUUGGUUUCAUCCGAUUGGUCGGGGAUGCUGCAACAAGGGGGGCGAGAACAAUAGCAUCAUUCCGGCAUAAAAAGAGUGGAGCUAUGCCUUGGAGACGAAAACAUUUCAGCAACAGAAGGAUCGAUAUACUGGGGAGAUAAAGUCCCAUAAGCUUCUAGUGUUGCCAUAUUUUUAACCAACCUGGAUACUCCAGACUUCACCCACCUCCCCGAAGUGCCUUUCCGCUGUUACUCGCCAAGAUGCCCAAAGGAUUCCUGGUAAAAAGAAACAAGAAAUCUGCACAUGUUUCCUACAGGACUCGGUCAGACGAUGAUGACCUCCAGGAGCCACCCACCCCAGCUGCCUUGCCGAGUCAGACGGACCCCUCCCCGCCGAUGUCCGUGGCGUCCAGUCCGGACCGCGCCUCAGCAUCGCCAGAUUUCACCGCAGCUGAAGCGCCGGUGCCAAGACUGGAGAAGCCGGCACAGUUCGGUAACCCAGAAGCGGUGUGCCAAGCCCUCUACAGCCCCACCCGGCCCAUCAGCAAGGAGCACGACAGGGGAUAUUUUGAGCGAAGUUUCAAUCUGGGCUCGCCUAUUUCUGCCGAGUCAUUCCCAACACCCGCCUCCCUCUCCGGCCUGGACCAUCUCCUGUACGCCCCGGUAGACCUGAAAAUCGGCACCAGCAACAGCAGCCGCAGCGGCACCACCAGCAGCCUCCCGGGACCAAGCAACCGGGUCGCCACCAAAAGACCCGCAGCUGAUGGAGCAGAGCGUAAAUCGAAACCCGCCUCCAAGAAACCCAAAGCCAUUAGAAAACUCAACUUUGAAGACGAGGUGACGACUUCUCCGGUGCUCGGUCUCAAAAUCAAAGAGGGGCCGGUGGAGAUGAAGCCGAGGACGCAGUCCUCCGGAGGAAACAAGCCUUUGGGGGAGUUUGUGUGUCAGCUGUGCAAGGAGGCGUACGCGGAUCCCUUCUCCCUGGCGCAGCACAAGUGCUCCCGCAUAGUCAGGGUCGAGUACCGGUGUCCUGAGUGCGACAAGAUGUUCAGCUGCCCGGCAAACCUCGCCUCUCACCGCCGCUGGCACAAACCGAGGACCACCGGCGCACCGGCGAUGCCACCAGCACAGGGCAUCAAACCCGAAAUGGCCAAAAUGCCGCCGCUGGGUGUCAAGUCAGUCUCCGACGAAGCCAAAGACAUGAGUGACAGAGACACCCCGAGCCCAGGUCUGUCCGAGUCGGGCUCUGAAGACGGCUCAUAUGACUGCCAGUUCUGCGGGAAGAGGUUUAAGCGACAGGCAUACCUAAGAAAACACAUCAUGGGACACCAGGCCCUGCAAAAGAAAGUGCUGGAGGAGCACGGGUUUCAAACCGGCGACCGCGCAGCAGAGCAGGCUCCAGUGUCAACCUCCUCCUCCUCCUCCUCCUCAGCAUCAUCUUCUUCAUCAUCCUCAGAGGAAGCGUCAAACCAAAGCCCCCUCAAUCUGAGCCCGGUGGACUGCCUGCUGUGCCCGGUGUGCGGGGAGAGUUUCACCAGCAGGGCCGGCCAGGAGAGACACCUGCGCCUCAUGCACUCCUCCCAGAUUUACCCGUGCAAAUACUGCCCCGCCACUCUGUACAGCUCGCCGGGGCUCACCAGGCACAUAAACAAGUGCCACCCCUCGGAGAACAGGCAGGUGAUCCUGCUCCAAAUGCCGGUGCGCCCCGCUUGCUAAAGACAACACAGAACUUGUGCCUUUGAUGGGUUGAAAUAAAAAAAAGGAGAAACAAAAAGAAAAGUGGCUUUGAGGUUUAAAAAAAUAAUAAUUUAAAAAAAACAAAGAGUUUGUGAUGCUCACUGCCAUAACUUUAGGCCAAUGAAAGGCAGGGUGGUUUGAUGUUUCAGUGGUGUCUUUUCCAUGCCAAUCAGUGAUUGUUGAAUGCUUCUCUCUAUAUUUGAACUACAUAUAGGCCUAUUUUGAGAUUUUCUUUCUCAAAUUAGUUUAUCAAGUAAAAGAAAAAGAAUACAAAGCGUUAGUUUGACUGUUAAAGGGUAUUUUUCUAGGACAGCACAUGCUCAAUGAUAGCUUCUAGACCUAAGAAAUGUCUUAAAAUUCUCAGAAAUCCUUUCCACUCCCUCAUCAAAGCCUUUUUUUUCAAUUCACUGACCGUGAUUGCUGUCUCACUGUAGCUUUACGCUAGUUUGUGAAUGACAGAACUUCAUUGUCUUGAUGGGGAUAAAAAGAAAGAGUGACUGAAGAAUUCCCUGUUUAGUAGAAACCACAAAUGCCUUUAGUAUACAGAUAGUCCGAAAUAGCCUACAUACACAUCCAAAUCCCGCUGUAUAACUGCCUUAAUUUAAAAAAAGAAAAAAAGUCAACAUAGAUUGUUUUAAUUUUGAAUGCUGGCACAUAUUUUAUUAUCAUUAUUGUUAUUAUUAUUGAAGAUUGUUGCAAUAUUUUUCAUCAUAUGUUUAUUUAUUUAUUUAUUGGAAUUAUUUUAAUGUAACUUAUUGUUGUGUUUGUCGUGACUUUCUCUCCUGUGAAUCGGUCUGGCAGUUUACAUGUCGUAUAGCCAAAACGUUUUUUUGUUUUGUUUCGUUUAUUUUAUUGUUUGAUUUAUUUUGUUGUCAGAUUUCUGAGUUGUGAUUUUAUGUGUCGUGGGUCGGGUUUUAAUCUUCAAUCUCCACAGCUCUUGUAAAAAGAAAAAAAAACGUAAAGCUCUUAACUUAGAUGCAAUCUUUUUUAAGGACAAGUUAUUUUUCUUAAAUGUUGGCUUUUAUAGCGCUUUGAUUGUAUGUGUAUAUCGUUGUUGUCUAUCGAAAUAAAAUAUUUUCAAAAGGA